UCCACACACACCGGCAACAAACACAUACACACACACACUCCCUCUCCGAGCCGGACAGCACAGCCCCUGGCCCGGCAGCCCGGCAGCGGAGGACACAUCCAGGCUUCCAGGCGCCGCAGCCCGCUGUGACAGUGGACCUUACGUCGCCUUACUUUGUGGACAUGGGAGACAUGGGGGAUCCGCCGAAAAAGAAGCGGCUGGUGUCUCUAUGCGUGGGCUGCGGGAACCAGAUCCACGACCAGUACAUCCUGCGGGUCUCCCCGGACCUGGAGUGGCACGCAGCCUGUCUCAAAUGUGCCGAGUGCAGCCAGUACCUGGACGAGUCGUGCACGUGCUUCGUCAGGGACGGAAAGACUUACUGUAAACGGGACUACAUCAGGUUAUACGGGAUUAAAUGCGCCAAAUGCAACAUCGGCUUCAGCAAGAACGACUUCGUGAUGAGGGCCCGCUCCAAGGUCUACCACAUCGAGUGUUUCCGCUGCGUGGCCUGCAGCCGGCAGCUCAUCCCGGGGGACGAGUUCGCUCUACGGGAGGACGGGCUCUUUUGUCGGGCCGACCACGACGUCGUUGAACGGGCCAGCCUGGGCCCCGGAGACCCACUCAGCCCGCUGCACCCCGCCAGACCGCUGCAGAUGGCAGCAGAACCAAUCUCGGCCCGGCAGCCCGCGCUGCGGCCUCACGUCCACAAACAGCCAGAGAAGACCACCCGGGUCCGGACGGUGCUGAACGAGAAGCAGCUACACACGCUGCGGACUUGCUACAACGCCAACCCAAGGCCCGACGCCCUAAUGAAGGAGCAGCUGGUGGAGAUGACCGGCCUCAGCCCGCGGGUCAUCCGGGUCUGGUUCCAGAACAAGCGGUGCAAGGAUAAGAAGAGGAGCCUGCUGAUGAAACAGCUGCAGCAGCAGCAGCCCAAUGACAAGACGAACAUCCAGGGAAUGACAGGAACCCCAAUGGUUGCGGCCAGUCCGGAACGGCACGACGGCGGCAUCCAGGCCAAUCCAGUGGAGGUGCAGAGCUACCAGCCGCCCUGGAAGGUCCUAAGCGACUUCGCCCUGCAGAGCGACAUCGAUCAGCCGGCCUUCCAACAACUGGUCAGCUUCUCGGAGGGAGGACCGGGUUCGAACUCGACGGGCAGCGAGGUAGCGUCCAUGUCGUCUCAGCUUCCAGACACGCCGAACAGCAUGGUAUCCAGUCCCAUCGAGGCCUGAGCGGACGCCGCAUGGACGGACUAAACUGAACACACAGCCCCCCCGUUCAUCCCACCCCCCCCGACUGCACCAAACAACCCCCUGGUUGUAUUUUGACACUGUGAAGACAAUCAUGGGAUUUUUUUUACCACAGCCACCCAUUCUAAUGUCCAUCCAGAAGGGGACAGACGGAUGCGUAGUCAUGGCCGGUGCUGCACGCUCACACGCCUGGUUACAGUUGCCAAAACGAGAAGACAUGAACUCCAUCGAUACAUGGGACCUCUGAUAGGAGAGAAACCUAAAUCCUGUACUUGCGAAAUGCUGUGCGCUAGCCUUCUUUGAAUAGAAAACAAUGACUGGUGAUUUUUUAAUUCGAUACCGCACCUCAUUAUUUAAUAGACCAUUUGGAGGGGAACAGCACUGCUUUUCUUCAUUUAAUUACACCAUUUCCUUCAUGACCCGAGUACUAAAGCAUUUGCAACAAGGUAUACCUCUAUUUUGCCACAAGCUUCGUGGGACAUUUGUGUGAGUUAGUGUCCGUCCGAGAUUUUUUUUUCUUUCCCAAAGAUGUGUAUAAUUAAUAAUAAGUUAAAAAAAAUCCGUUAGCUCUGGAAGAAAAUGUUUCUUUUGUUCCCGUGCAACAAAAAAAUAUUUAUUAUUUAUUGUCGACAAAUUUGCCACCUUUUGUGUAACUUUCUUAACUGAAGUAAAAAGAAACAAAAAAAGA